CGCCCGUAUAUUUCUCUCUAUAUUUCGCAGAGCAGAGAGAGAAAGUAGAGAGAGAAGAAGCAGCAGCAGCAAGCGGCGCGCGAGAGAGAGAUGACCGAAGCGCUGAAGCGAGACUACCGAAUCUGCGAGGAGAUCGGGCGCGGCCGCUUCGGCGUCGUCCGCCGCUGCGAGCCGCUCGAGCCCUCCGCCGCGCCCUCAUCCGCCGCCCCCUCCCUCGCCGUCAAGUCCAUCGACAAGUCCGCCGUCUCCGGCGACGACCUCGACUCCCACUGCCUCCUCACGGAGCCCAAGGUGAUGUCCCUCCUCUCCCCGCACCCGAACCUCCUCCGCAUCCACAACGCCUACGAGGACUCCUCCCACCUCCACCUCGUCCUCGACCUCUGCGACUCCCCCGACCUCCACCGCGCCGUCGCCUCCUCCGGCCCCCUCCCGGAGCCCGAGGCCGCCCGGAUCCUCGCCCAGCUGAUGCGUGCCGUCGCCCACUGCCACCGCCACGGCGUCGUCCACCGGGACAUCAAGCCCGAGAACAUACUCUUCGACUCCCGGGGGCGGCUGAGGCUCGCGGACUUCGGCUCCGCGGAGGUGAUCGGGGGAGGGGAGCAGGCGGCGGCUGAGGGGGUGGUGGGGACGCCGCACUACGUGGCGCCGGAGGUGGUGGCGGGGAGGGAGUACGGGGAGAAGGUGGACGUGUGGAGCGCCGGGGUGGUGCUGUACGUGAUGCUCGCGGGGUUCCCGCCGUUCCGCGGGGAGAGCGCGGUGGAGAUAUUCGGGGCGGUGCUAAGGGCGAACCUGAGGUUCCCGCCGCGGGUCUUCCGGUCGGUGUCGGCGGCGGCGAAGGAUCUGCUCAGGAUGAUGCUGUGCAGGGACGCUUCCCGGAGGCUCUCUGCCGAUCAAGUCCUCACUCCUUUUUGCAGAGAUCCGCCUUCAAUUAGUGAUCUCUUAAAGCAUCCGAUCCGAGCAUCCAUGGGUGACCAGCUAUGAAGGAGCACAAGCGACAGAGCUCGUCAUCUAAAUUCAAGACUUCUGCUGCGUAUACGUUGUGAAGGGCACGUCGCGUUCAUGCCCCGUGCAUAGGCCCCUUGUGCAACUGCAACUGCAACUGCAACUGCUAAGUUCUGUGGUAGCUUUUUGCGAUUUUGUUAGAUGAUUCUCUCGAAGCAGCGGAGAUCUUUUCCAUCUGAGCGGAUCGAACGAUGACGUGAACUACGAAGGGGCGAUACGGUUAGGAUCGCGCUUGUUGUGGUCGGGAUCUGAUUUCGUUCGGUUCUUGUUCUUCUUUGUAAUCGGGUCGUUUUCGACAUUCUUAAGGUUGCGCAGAGAUGCAGUUUAAGGUGCCCCAACGUUUGGAGA